GCGUGCUGGGUUAUUAUGAAGAUGCACCAAUGGAGUGGUGUUGUGAAGAAUGUGAUAUUAGCAAGGGGCUAAUGUCUUCAUUAGGUGAACAAGAAAAUGAGCACUCUGAGGGAUCCAAGAUACAUGCCGCUGCAAAGAUUUGUCAGUGUACUGGUGGGCAUAGUAAGUUUCCUGGUGGGCAUUGUAAUCACUGGGAAAAGGCGGCAAAGACUGGAAAAACAAGAUAUCUACCCGUUAAAGAGGCACUUGGUCUGUUAUCAGGCAUGGAGAAAUAUGGAUCUCCGCUGAUAACUGUCUCUUCAAGACUUAUGUCCACCAAAUCAGUGAGCAUAGUGCAACGGUCUUUUGGAUCAGCAGGAUAUGCAAAACCUCAGAAUCUUCAAAAUGCCAAAAUUAGUGAACAGAGCCAAAAAACAGUACAAUUAUCUAAAGGUGGUUCUAUCAUUCUAGAGCAUAGGAUUCCCGAUGCUGUGAAUGAGAGUCGAAUGAUAAAUUCAUCUACGACCCACCCUUGUGAUCCUGCUCUAGUUCCUUCCUGGAAGGGGAGUUUUGACAUCUUAGGUUAUCAGAAACUUGCACCUGGGAUAUUCAAUAAUUAUGUCCAGGCUCAUCCUCCUUCAAGAGUUAGACGUGAGGUGUAUGAGUUCUCAGGGCUAUUGCCUGAUACUCUUCAACUUGAACUAGUUCCGCGUUGGGAUAUCUGGGCAAGUCUAUUCAACAAUCAUUGUCCGGAUAAAGAUGACAUAGGAUUGUAUUUCUUUUCAAGUGAGAGAAAAAGGUCUGACAAACCGAUAUACAUUGAUCUGGUGGAGUACAUGCGUAUGAAAGAUUUGGUGAUGAGAACAAUUAUAAAUGAUGUUGAGCUAGUUAUACUUGCAUCCACAGCCCUGUGCAGUGAUUCUCAAAGAUUGAACAACGAGCACUUCCUGUGGGGAUUAUUUUACCGCAUGGGACAAGACACAGAUGGAUGUGCUGAAGGGGGAAGCAACAAAGUGAUUGAUAUGGAGAUAGACAUGAUAGCUGGAGAAAAUGUAGGAACGCUGGACAUUGUUGUCUCGACAACUACCAGAAAUGGCUUUGAUACCUCUUUAAAAGAAACAGUUACUGCCUCUACCUGCAAUGGGUCUGAAUCAGUCACUCCUUUGGUUUCAUGAACCUCCAAGGGUUGAAAGGAACUGCCUCUAGUAAUCAAACGCAAGGCCUGUUGAUGGCUUUCCUCCAGGAAUAUUCCGCGUUUAACUACUACUAAAUGAGUGGAAGUUAAUCAUGGUUGCUGCCAACUUCCUGUGAAUUUCACCACUUAAUUUCAAUCAAGUUCAACGAAAAGAUCAAUUUAUGUUAGCUUAGCUAAGAUGUUUGUUCCUGACAAUUAGGUGGAACAUUGUUGUUAGUGGUUCUUGUUGUUACUUUUAUCUGGUGAAUCAAUACUUCUUGACUCCUUUAUUUGUAGAUGAGAUCAGCAAGUAGGUUUAGUUUGUGAAUUUGUUGGUUGGCUAUGUAUGAUAGUGCAACUAUUUUCAUGGCAUAUGUUAAAGGCGUGUGUUUGACCAAA